UGACGUUGGUAAUUGGUACAGUUUUGCAGCGUUGCUUUCAUUUUCUUGAUUGUUUUUUAUUUACCAUGAAAAUUGUACUUUAUUUUAAAUUGAGCAAUUACUAUUGUGAUAAAUGAAACAUCAAUUUAGUUUAUUCUAAUGGCUGUUUGUAGUCUAAGAACUUUGUUACUGAUUGUCUGCAUUCUGGAAUUGAUUGUAACAGUACAACGGCAAGUGUUUGAUUUCUUAGGGUAUAUGUGGUUGCCCAUUAUUGCAAAUUUUACCAAUAUUAUAUUCAUAAUUUUUGGUUCUUUUGGGGCUGUUCAGUAUGUGACAAAGUAUCUAUUGUCUUAUUCAAUAUGGAGUUGUAUGUGGUUGACAUGGAAUGUGUUUUUAAUAUGUUAUUAUUUGAAUGUUGGAACUCUUAAUCGGGAAAGUGGCCUUUUGUCAUUAGGUACUGGAAGUGUUAGUUGGUGGGAGGGUAAUGGGUGGGGAUGUCAACCUGUUUGGGGUGAAGCAGACGGUCCUGGAACUUGGAGACCAGCUCGAGUCGAUGGAUGUUUCUUACAAUGGCAGUAUGUGGAGUUGGGUCAGUCGUCGAUUGCUGCAUUCCUUGCCGCCACAGCCUUGCCUCUAGCAACGUUGUUAACAUACAGAUCUUUUAAGAAAGAUAAAACUGUUUCUGAUAAGUCUACUCUAUCCCGCCGUCAAGUAUUCACUAUAGAACUAAGUCCCACCGAAACCAAUGUGAACGAGAGCUCCCUGAAGCCUAUGACGCCUCGUCGUGUGAAACGCAGGUCCGGUUCCCGUGGCGCGGGCUCGUCUGUGCGUCGGUCGCGUCGUUCGUAUCGCAACGCUGGCUACCUCGCCUCCAACUCCUCGUUACCGCGGGACCCUCGUCCGUCACGUCCCACUUCCGCUCAUUCGUCUUACUCCAACUUCCACGCAGCCCGGCCCUCGUCUUACAAUCCUCCUGAACGCGAUGUGUAUGAUCCCCCGGCCGAGGAGUCCGUCCCCAUAGUGACCAACAGAUCCAACACGAUCAGACGCAGUAAGAUGAGCCGAGACGUCGUCGGACCCUACAACAUGCCGGAAGCACAGAGACAGCAGCGUACGGCAGACAAUUCCACGUAUGAUAACAUUGGACGCAGCUACGAGACGGUGACCAACUACGAAAACAGAUCAGAGAGCGUAGCCACGGCGUGCGAACCGGCCUACGAGGCGAACUACGGCUACGGUUACGACACUUCAUGGGACCCGCCUCCCCCUCCGGUCGGAGCGCGUUCCACGCCGCAGGCCCCGGGCCCGCCAGCAUACCAACCAGCUGCAGACCCCUACAAUGUUAUACCUUAGCAUGUUGAGAAUCAAAUACAUCUGUAUGAUGUAGAUCACCGCCGUCCUUAACUUCUGUUAAACUAUUUUUACAUAUCCACUAGUGUUGUUGUCAACGAAUACUUGCCAUGUUAUUGUAUUACAUCGUAUUUAACUCAUGUGCCUUAUCCAGUGAUGCUCAAACAGCUCAAACUUAUUCUUUAAAUGUAUGAUAAAUGAAUCUCUCGCUCAGCGUCCUCGUCCAACACUUGUUAAGUUUUAAUUAGUUAUCGGUAGAUGUAGGGUUGGUGUUAUGUGUUUCGGCUCGUCGUUCGUGACACGGACGGUAUUGAAGUUUUAACAACGAAACAGUCAGUGUUCAGUUUGAAGACUAACUCUUUGUAAGGUAACUGACGAUGAACACGUACUGUCUACGUUUUGAUGUUUAUAACAUAUAAAAAUAUGUAUUAAUUGUAUGAAAUACAAUAUGUUUACGUUAGUUUUACAUCUAAAAAAAAUGAAUAGAAUUUUCUUUAAAUAGAACGUUUAAUGUUUGCAACCAUUUUAAUACAUUUGAAUAUGUAUUUUUACUAUUUUCUAUAUAAAUGAAAUCCAUUGACCAUUUUUUAUACAAAAUCCAGCAAAUAGCAAUCGGAUAUUAUUUUGUUUUUUAAAAAUGUUAUUUUUAAGUGAUAAGAAAACAGGUGUGUGUGUGUUUAUUUUAAAAAAAGAACUUCAGAACAUUUUUUAUGUAGAGAAGUAAUCCGUCCAUGAUGUAUAGGAAUCUAUCUUUAUUGAGGAACGAAACCUUCAUUGUAAUUGUAAUUCGUUAUUUUUGUACUUUAUUUAUAAAAUAUUAGGGCACAUUUAGAUUGGUACAAAGUUACGGCACAACUGCUAUACUUACAUUCCGAGGACGAAUGUCUCGUAUUCCCUUUUAUUUCCAUAUUUUUUGAUUACGUAUUCUUAAGUGACAUACAAUUUACAAAACGAGCUUUAUUAGAUUAAGGAUAUUUUUGUUUUUUUUUUUAAUUAAGUACUGUUUCGGACCUUUAUACCAAAUAUAAGGAAAUGAAAA